UUGUAAUCCUCUAUCUGAAAGCAGCAGAGGGUGCUGAAACCAUCUACACAGCCUACAGGGGGAUUUUUCCUAACUGUGCUGUGGGUUUCCCCAUGUAGAGAUUUCCUACACUCCACCCCAGCCAGAAUUGUUAUAAAGAGCUGAGUAACUGUUACAACUGUCAUUUUCAGAGCUGCAGACUCACACCAUGUUUCUUCAGAGAGAACAGAGAGCUGGGGUUUGGAGCUAGCUUUCUUUUCAGAAUAUAUCAAUUGCAAAAAUUUAGACAAUGGGAAGGAUAAUUCCAUCAGUGACAGUGCUUUUACUGGUGUUUGUGACUUCUAAAGCUUUUGAAAUUGAGAUUACACCUGAAGACAAUGUUGCUGCUCAGAUUGGAGAUAAACUUGAGCUGACCUGUAGUACUAUUGGCUGUGAAUCCCCAAGUUUCUCUUGGAGAAGCCAGUUGGACAAGCCCCUAGAUGGGUCAGGGGACAGCAAGGGGAGCCGCUCCAUCUUGACUAUGGAUCCUGUUGGCUUUGGGAAUGACAAUGAGUAUCUCUGCAGUGCAUUUUGUGACAAUGUGAAAAAAGAAAAAAGCAUCAUUGUAUUGAUGUUUACUCUUUUCCCAGUGAUCCAAGUCAUUGAGAUCAGCACACCCCUGAAUGUUGGGGAAAAAGCCAGUAUCACCUGUAUGGUUCCCAAAGUGUAUCCUUCUGAGCGUUUGAAGAUGCAGCUGGAGAAAGAUGGAUCUGUUCUUGGCAUGAAAGAGUUUUAUCAUGAAGAACACACCAAAACCACAGAGACAAAAAGUCUGACAUUGACUUUUAUCCCCACCUUUGAAGACAUUGGGAAAGUGAUUACUUGUGUGGCUGAAUUACCGAUUGAUGAAAUGGAAUUUGAACCCAAGAAAAGACAGACUUCACAGAGAUUGAGUGUAAACUUUGGUCCUCAAAAUACCAACAUCACUGUGUCUCCAAGCAACACAACCAUGCAGGGGGAAACUCUGAUGCUCACUUGUAGAACUACAGAUGGACCAAGAAAUACGACGGUCUCUGCCACCCCCUCCGCCACAGUGAAAGAAGGGGGAGCUGUGACAAUGACAUGUACCAGCCCUGGUAAUCCAGCUCCAAAGAUCUCCUUGACAAAGCAUUUGAUCAGUGGAGUGUCGCAGUUUCUUUCUGAAGAUGCAACUUUAACUAUAAAUAAUGUAAAGGCUGAAGACUUGGGGCUUUAUGAGUGUGAGGGAAUCAACCAGUUUGGAAGAGAGAAAAAAACUGUGGACUUAAUUGUUCAAGGUGCAUUGUGAUAAAUGAAGGGGACGGAGGGGGGUGUAAAAUCCGUCUUGGUAGCUGUUCUCUGCUUGCUUUAUCUGUAAAGCAGUGGGUCUCAAACUUUUUUACUGGUGAUCCCUUUCACACAGCAAGCCUCUGAGUGCGACCCCCCUAAUAAAUUAAACACACUU